AUGGCUGAAGGUAUGAUUUGUUCGGAAGAUAAGGGAAGAGGAGAAAGUUUGAGAGAUGUGGCAGAACGGUAUUUAUUCGAGCUAGCAAAUAGGUGUGUGGUUGAAGUGGAAACAGACAAGUUGCCGCUAUAUAAUAGAUUUAAGUCAUGCCGGCUUCAUGAUAUGAUACGAGAUUUGUGUUUGUCAAAAGGAAAAAAAGAAGGAUAUCUGGAGGUUAUAGAUAAAAAGAUGGGAGGAGAAGAGUCUUCAAUUUGUAAAACAAAUAGAUUGGCUAUCCAUAUGGAGGGAGUGGAUAAUGAUCUUAGUUACAGGAUUGGGGAAAAUAAGAACAUAAGAUCUUUUCUAUUCGUCAAAACAGACUGGCUAGAUACAUUUUUGUAUAAUUACAUCACGUUUGGGAUUUUCAAAUAUCUCAAAGUCUUAGUAUUGGAAGGUUAUACAUUUGAGAAUCUGAAAUUGCCCAAAGGAAUCGAAAAAUUGAAGCUGUUGAAGCUAUUGAGUCUCGAAAAUAGUGGUGUGGAAGAAUUGCCACCAUCUAUAUGCAAGCUACCUUGUUUGCAGACAUUUAAUGUGAAAAAUACAAUUAGAUUACCUAAUUACAUAUACAAAAUGAGGCACUUGAGGCAUCUAUUUCUGGGAUUUCUUCAUGAGAGCGUUGGAGGUGAAAAAUUGAAAUUCGAAGGGUUGAAUGAGUUGGAGAUGAUAACUGGGUUCAACAGUUUGGUUGAUGACAUCACUCAUCUUCUUAAAUUGCCGAAGCUCCGAGUAUUGGAAGGAAGAAUUUUUUAUGAAGAAAGUUUGCCAAUGAUUGUUGAUCACAUCUUAAAUCAUCAAGAACAAUUUCGUGACGUACAACUUAAUAUUGACAUGGUUGUUAAUAUGGAUUCGGAAGAUGGCUCAACUCUUCUCAAAAGGUUGGUGAUGUGUCACUCACUAUAUUACUUGAGUAUUGCAUAUUGUCGAGUGAGCAAAUUACCAACUUAUGAAGUUCAACUAUAUCAAAAUAUGAUAGAAUUGCAGCUUGUGGAUACAAGGAUUGAGGAAGACCAAAUGAAAAUACUAGAGAAGCUUCCCAUGUUAAGAGUUCUUGGCUUGUGGAGCAAUCCAUAUGUGGGCAGAGAGAUGGUUUGUCGGGCAACUGGAUUUCCUCAACUCAGGGAACUUGUUUUGCAUGGGUUGUUGAAUUUAAUGGGGUGGAGAGUGGAGAAAGGAGCAAUGCUCAACCUCUCUAGUCUACUUAUUGCAGAAUGCAGUAAAUUGAAGAUGAUUCCAGAUGAAUUGGAAUUCAUUAAUACUUUCCAAGAACUGAGAAUUAUAUCUAUGCCAGAAGAGUUUGUGAAGAGGGUAGGAGUGGUGGAUGGUGAAGGAGAAGAUUAUCACAAAAUCAAACACAUACCCUUCAUUGACAUUUAUUAUUACGACUAA